AUGGCAGUCGUAGGCUGGCAUCCGGCACCCACGCAGCAGGCACGGGACAGGAUCCUGGGGCGGGCACAGGCGCUGCAGGCGCUGUUUGGGCGGGAGCACGCCAACAGGAUGCUCGUCACCGAGCCGUCAUUGCUCAGCCUUACCGAGCGCCGGGUGCGGCACAACUUCGAGGGCCUGAUCAGCGCGCUGCAGUUGGCGCCCACCCAGGCAACGACGCUUGUUCGCGGCCACCCGACAUUGCUACGGUCGUCGCCGGCGCUGCUGGCGGCGCGCCGCGCCAUGCUGCGGGAGCUACUGGAGCUCGACGGUGCUGCCCUGUCCUCGUUUCUGCUGCGCGCGCCCGACGUGCUGCGCCUGCCCGAGGGCCGGCUCGCGGCUCAUAUGGCGUGGCUGCAGGAGGCUGGAGGCGUCAGCCGGGCGCGCGUGGUGCGCUCCUACCGCAGCUGGCCGCAGCUGACGACGACCAGCAAGGCGGUGCUGCAGGACAGGCACCGCACGCUGCAGCGCCUGCUUGGCGCGUCGCGCGACGAGAUGCGCCACGUGUGCGCGACCUACCCCAACCUGCUCGCGCGCGACCCUGGCGCGCUCCGCGCCAACGCGGCCAGCCUGGUGGCGCUGCUCGGGGAGGGGGAGGAGCACGUCAGGGCGCUGUUGAUCAAGGAGCCUGGGCUGCUGAGCUACAACAUGAUGACGCUGGCGACGCGGUGGAGUUACGUGAUGCAGGUCCUGCGCCUUCCGCGCAAGCUGGGCACCACCCUGCUGACCUCCAACCGGCCCCUGCUGUCGAUCAUCACCCAGCUUCCGGAGCGAGUGGACGCCCUGCGCCGCCUGCUGAAAGUGACAGAUGACGAUCUCUACCCGCUGCUGCACAAGCACACACCGAUCCUGCGCUACCCCACCGCCCACGCCGCCGCCAAGCUCGCCGUCACGGGCGCCCUGGCAUCCCUGAACCCCGCGUGGGCGGCCGCCUGGGAGCGCGGCGGGCCGUUCCACGCGGUGCGCGUGAUCAUGGCCAGCUGGGGCUGCGUAUACCGGCUGGCAUUCCUGGUGGCUACCGGGCAGGCGGGCAGCACCACGCUUUUCGCAGCGCUGAGGGCGACGCACGCGGCGUUUACGCGGGACUAUCCCGACUACGCGGCAUGGUUGGAUGGGUACAACGCCGCUGUCGGCCCAGACUGGGCUGUGCCCAUCUCCGGCUGCCUCAUGUCGCCGCGCCGCGCCGCGCCCGAGGAUGGCAGCGAUGCCCCCAAGCGCCUUGUCAAGGCGGGCGGCGGGGGAGCCUCGGUCUGGGCCCAGCAACAGCCGCAGCAGUGGUGGCAGGACGGCACCGGCGCAGCCGGGCUCGAGGGAGAGGGGGGCCGCGUGGGUGCGUGUCGUGUUUGGCAGCAGCGGAGUGGCGGUUUGUCGCCGGACCAGCGUCCUGAACGUGGUGGCGGCUUGGAAGCCAGCAGCAGCGGCGAUCGCACUCGCAGUGGCGGCGCCAGCGACGGCGGCGCCAGCAGCAGCGCUGGCACGGGCAGCCACGGCGGCCGCAGCAGCCGCGACCUGGGCCCAGGCGCCGGUGGUGGGGAGCAACCGGCAGUGGGAGCCCAGGAGCUGCGGAAGGACGGGGUGGUUGAGGCGGCGCUCGACUCCAUUCUUGCGUCCUGGCUGGGGCUGCCGCGGCCCCAGGUGGCACAGCUGCUUGCGGAGUGGCCGCCCCUGGCCAAGCUGACCUGGGCAGAGUGGCGGUCGCGCGCGGAUGCGGCAGAGACGCUGCUGGCCGUCACGGGGCACUCGGUGGCGCCUGCCCAUGCGGGGCGCGCGGGGGAGCAUGAUGGCGGCCUUGGCAGCAGCAGCAGCUGCUGCGGCGGCGGCGGCAUCCGUCAGGGCGCCGUUUUUGCAGGCGGCGGCAGCGGCGGCGGUAGCAGCGGCAGCGAGGGUGGCGGCGGUGACAGUGGCGAGGGUGGCGGCGGCCGCGGCAGCGAUGGCGAUUGCAGCGGGCGCGGAGGAGAGGGCGACAGCAGCCAAAGCUUCGCAGACGGACAUGGGCCCGCGAUGGCGGCCGUGGUCGCUGCGUCAACGACGCCGCAGGCAGCCUUCCAGCUGGGUGCCUCUGCUAUGGCUCAGGAGCUCGGCUCGACCCUGGCCCCUUGCCCCGCCGUGGCUGCCCGAGCUCGCGCCCUCCUGGCCGCGCCUGGUGGCGUGCACCCAGCCGUCCCCACUGUGCUCGCCGCAGCCGCCAACCUGGCGCCCUUCUCGCCAGCCCUGUGGCGGCCCCCCAGCAGCCGUGCUGGCGCCCUCAUCGGCGCGCUGCUCGCCAGCUGCCCCAGCGCGUGGGCCAGCGAACUGUUCGUGCCGCGCUACCGCUGGCUGUGCGCGCUCGCGGCGGCGAGCCCCUCGCUGCUGGAGGACCUGCGGGCGAUGCCCUUGGCCGCGCUGGCCAAGGCGCCGCUCGCGCCGCGGCAGGCGUACGGGGUCCUGCAAUACCUCGUCGCCGAGAGGGCCCCGCGGCCCUGGUUCUACCCUGCGGCGGGCCUCCUGACGAGACCCCCCAGCUGGGUGCCGCCGCCGACGUUCAAGGCGGCGUACCCCGGGUUUGAGGGGUGGUGGGAGGGCAUCCGCAACGGCGCAACGCAAGCAGGGACGGCAGCACUGCUGUGA